CACUGAGCUGAUCAGCUGACGACACUUCUUUGUCCUUUGCGUUUGCAAAGUUUGUUGUUCUUGGCUUGAGUGCAAGUGAGCUUUGUUUCUUCUCGGCUGCAAAGGCUGGGGUUACCGCUAUCUUUUCCCCAGAAGACGGUGUGAUCACAAGGAUGGCGCAGGUCGUAGUCAGCAAGAAGAACCCCCCACUUGCCAUCGUCCUUGCUGUUCAGUACGCCUCUGAAAAGUCCAAGGAUGUAACACUGCAGUGGGGUGACUCGACCAGCCUCACGCUCGCAAGUGGUGGCAAGGUGUCUGAAGCAAGCACGAUCCUCCGGUUUGUCGCUCGCUCCUGUCCACAGUGCGGUCUGUACGGUGGUGGGCCACUGGAGUCUGCGCAGGUGGACCAGUGGAUUGAUUUCAGUCAGCGAAAGUUUCACCCCGGUCUGCUGAAGGAGGUCGACGCAGCACUCGCUAGCCGGACUUUCUUGGUUGGACACGGCGUCACUCUGGCAGAUCUUGCCGUGUUUGCAUUUGUUCAUGGCAAUCAGGCUCAGGUGGCAAAGUGCACCGAGUUGCAGCGAUGGUUCACGUGCCUCUCAGCGCAGGCGAUGGUCAAGGCAGCACUUAGCACAGUCCCUCAGCAGGCAACCGCCGCUGCAUCUGCCGCCGCUUCUGCUGGCAGUGCAACGAAAAAGGACGAGGGUGGCAAAUUCAUCGAGCUGCCCGGAGCCAAGAUGGGUGAAGUCGUCGUGCGUUUUCCACCGGAGGCCAGUGGCUAUCUCCACAUUGGCCAUGCCAAGGCUGCACUUCUCAACCAGUACUAUCAGCUGAACUACAAGGGCAAGCUUGUGAUGCGAUUCGACGACACCAACCCGGCAAAGGAGGACGAGCAUUUCGAGCAGGUGAUUCUUGACGACGUCAAGCUGCUGAACAUUAAGCCAGAUAUCUUCACCUGUACGUCAGACCAUUUUGAUGUGAUCUUGGAUUACGCCAGGAAGCUCAUCAAGGCCGGCCUUGCUUUCUGUGAUGACACUGAACCGGAAGAGAUGAAGCUGGUCCGUGAGAAGAAAGAGCCGUCCAAGCAUCGCGACUCCGGUGUGGAGGAGAAUCUGAAGCGCUUUGCCGAGAUGGAGACGGGCAGUGCGGAGGGCCAGCGCUGGUGCCUGCGUGCCAAGAUCGACUACAAGUCUGACAACGGGUGCAUGCGCGACCCAACCAUCUACCGAUGCCGCAGCGAGCCUCACGUCAAAACAGGCACCAAGUACAAGGUGUAUCCGACAUAUGACUUUGCAUGCCCCAUCGUAGACAGCCGUGAGGGUGUGACACAUGCACUCCGUACUACUGAGUACCAUGAUCGCGAUGACCAGUUUGAGUGGUUCCUCAAGCACCUCGAGCUGCGUCAUGUCAAUGUCUGGGAGUACAGCAGACUGACUAUGGUUCACACGGUCAUGAGCAAGAGAAAGCUCAAGUGGUUUGUCGAGGAAGGCCGUGUCGAUGGAUGGGAUGAUCCUCGUUUCCCCACUGUACGCGGUAUCCUGCGCCGUGGCCUGACCGUCGAGGGUCUCAAGCAGUUCAUCAUCUCGCAGGGAUCCUCGCGCGCCAACGUCCACAUGGAGUGGGACAAGAUCUGGGCGGUGAACCGUCGCGUGAUCGACCCCGUGGCACCGCGCUACACUGCUCUGUUGGAGAAGGACGCCGUGCCGCUCGUCCUGGAAGACAGCGUCGACGCGCACAGCAAGUCCAUGGAGCGCCAUCCGAAGAACGCCGAGGUGGGCAAGAAGACGGUGUGGUUCAACAAGCGCGUACUGCUGGAAGGUGCCGAUGCCGAGAGUCUGAAGGAGGGUGACCGUGUCACUCUCAUCAACUGGGGCAACGCAUCCAUUACUGGCGUCACCAGGGAUGGAGGCAAGGUCACUGAGCUCAAGGCAAAGCUUCUUCUCGACGACAAGAACUUCAAGGACACCGUCAAGCUUACUUGGCUGGCGCAGGUUGAUGGUCAGGCCCCGCCAGCCACUAUCUGCACCUACUUUGACAACCUGAUCACCAAGGAAGUGCUGACGAAGGACGACAACUUCAAGGACUACAUCAACGCGAAGACCAAGUGGGAAGAAACUAUGGUGGGCGACCCGUGCCUAGCUGACGUCAAGAAGGGUGAGAUCAUUCAGUUGCAGCGUCGUGGCUACUUCAUCUGCGACAAGGCGUUCGUGCCAGCAAGCGGCGAUGCCCCAGCCAGCCCAUGCGUUCUGUAUGCCAUUCCCGAUGGCCACAGCAAGUCCAAGGCCACGUCUGGCCCGAAAACCGAUGGUGCUGCUGCCUCUAAGGGUGGAUCUGCACGGAAGAAGGAUGCUGCCAGCAAGGAUGAGGGAGCAAAGAAAGAGAAGGCAGCAAAGAAGAAGGACAAUGGCAAGAAGGCUGAGCCCAAGGCUGCUGCCGCAGAGGCUAAGCCCGCCGCUGCUGAGGCUGCUCCAGCUGCUGCGGCUGCUCCAGCUGCUGCGGCUGCUGCUGCCACCUCCGCUACGAAGACAGACGAGGAAAAGACUAAGAAGAAAGAGGAGAAGAAGGCUGCCAAGGCUGCAGCGGCUAGCCAGAAGAAGGAGGCGAAGGCCGCCAAGGCUGCUGCCGACAGCAAGAAAGUGUCUCGACUUGGAAUGGAGGUGAAGAAAAACGAAGACUUUGCUGAAUGGUACACGCAGGUGAUCACAAAGUCUCAGAUGAUCGAGUACUACGACGUGUCUGGCUGUUAUGUCAUCCGUCCAUGGGCGUACAGCAUCUGGGAGCUCAUCAAAGAUUUCUUUGACUCGGAGAUCAAGAAGCUUGGCGUGAGGAACGCCUCAUUCCCCAUGUUUGUGUCACAAGCUGCCUUGGAACGUGAGAAGGACCAUAUUGCCGAUUUUGCUCCAGAGGUCGCAUGGGUCACUAAGUCUGGCCAGUCCGAUCUUGCUGAACCAAUUGCCAUCCGUCCAACCUCCGAGACGGGUAUGUAUCCAUGCUAUGCUAAAUGGAUCCAGUCGCAUCGUGACCUGCCACUCAAGAUCAACCAGUGGAACAACGUCGUGCGCUGGGAGUUCAAGCACCCACAGCCGUUCCUGAGAACUCGUGAGUUCCUCUGGCAAGAAGGACACACGGUCUAUGCAGAGAAGUCGGAUGCCGAAGAGGAGGUGUUCACCAUCCUCGAUCUGUAUGCUCGUGUGUAUGAAGAGUUGAUGGCCGUGCCAGUCGUCAAAGGACGCAAGAGUGAGAAGGAGAAGUUCGCCGGUGGUGACUUCACCACUACCGUCGAGGCGUUCAUUCCCACCAGCGGCAGAGGCAUCCAGGGCGCAACUUCACAUCACCUGGGACAGAACUUUGCCAAGAUGUUUGACAUUAUCAUCGAGGACCCGAAGAAGGCCGGCGAGAAGCUGUAUGUGUUCCAGAACUCCUGGGGACUCACAACUCGCACUAUUGGCGUACUCUGCAUGGUGCAUGGUGAUGACAAGGGUCUUGUGCUGCCACCAAGACUGGCUGAGCUUCAGGCGGUCAUUGUGCCAUGCGGUAUCACAGUCAAGACAAGUGCCGAGGAUACCAAGACUCUGAUUGAUGCGUGCCAUGAGACCGGACACGCUCUGAAGGCCGGCGGCAUUCGCUGUCAGGUGGACGACCGCGAUAAUCAGAGUCCAGGCUGGAAGUUCAACUACUGGGAGCUGCGGGGUGUCCCUGUGCGAGUGGAGAUUGGACCCAAGGACUUGGCUGGUGGUCAGGUUACAGCCGUCAUCCGUCACAACGGCGAGAAGUUGCCAGUUGUGCGUGACGACAACCUUGCUGACAGGAUCAGCGAGCUCCUCUUUAACAUUCAGAAGCAGAUGUUGGAGAAGGCCCGAGUUGAGCGUGAUGCUCACAUCAAGCAGGUAACAACGUGGAGCGACUUCUGCACUCUACUCGAGCAGAAGAAUUUGCUGCUGGCUCCGUUCUGCGGAGUGGAGAAGUGCGAGGACUCCAUCAAGAAGGAGAGCGCAAGAACUGAUGUGGCCGUGGCAGUGGAUCCCAAUGCACCAGCCAUGGGCGCCAAGUCCCUGUGCAUUCCGCUGGAGCAGCCAGACAUGCCAGCUGGCAGCAAGUGCAUCCAGCCGAAGUGCGCCGACUGCACUGACAAGCUGAAGUGGACGCUGUUUGGACGUUCGUACUAGACUCAACGCCCAAGGUACACCAGCGUUACCAACGUUACUAACUCUGCUCACAAGCAUGGCAAUACCUACUCUGCCCACACUCAUGGUUGACCAACGUAUGUCUUCUGCUAAUGCUGACACCGCUCGCACACGUUUGCUGGCUGUUAUUUUUGUGCUCGUAGAAAACUCUUUCUCUCUCUCUUUUUUUAACUCCCUAGGUGACCUUCUCUAUGUCAUAGCAUGUAGUGCAUGGCGACAACGCACUUGUUGAUUCUUACUUUCAUAUCAUUUCGUACUCUUUCCGCUGUUCAAUUAUUAGGUGAACUAGCGGUCAGUUGUCGCCAUGCUAUCACUGUGAUCAUCUUUUUUCGGUCUUUCUGGCCUCUUGACUCUCAGUCCAAAGAAAACCUCUCCUUUCCUUUUGGCAAGUCACUUAACUGACUACUAGUACAUCACGA